UCACGAGAGUCGCAGUAAGCGAUUUGUCAAAAAAAAAGUUGGAAAUUUCGCCGUCAGUGAGCGAAGGAAAAACCUUGGGAAAAUCGCAAAUUCCCCUCAAUUUCUUCCCUAUUUCUCGUAUUUUUUCCACUUCCUCUUUUACCAAUUUCUCAGUGUACUAUCAGUGACUAUUAGUGCUGUGUUUUGUUUAGUGGACUGAGCCAAAGGAGUCCAAAUUUGGGGGAAAAAGAAGUGAAUUAGACUCACCUUGUGUGUAUGUGUGGCGUGGAAAAUGAACUUGACCCGCAGAGGAGCGCGCCCCAAAGUUUUUGAUUCUCAGUCUCUCGUGUGGUAUUUGCACCCAUAAUUCACGGGGUGACAGUGUAUUGAGGUGGGUGCUGGAGAGACAAAUGUUGAGAGUGCACCGGAAGAGGAAUUUGCGUGUCUACUGUGUUAGCUGUCCACAGCCAUUUCGUCUCAUUUUGCUCUGACGCGCUGAAGGAAUCACUGAGUGGAAUAGUUUUUCUUUUUUUUUUAAUUUCUCAUUCAUUCUUUUUUUGUUCUAAUUUUUUCCCUUAUCCUACUUUCCUUUUCAUUUUCACAUCUGAUUUUUGUCCCUUUAAAAAAAGUGUUUGUGUUUUGUGCCUCUCCCGGAGAGAGAGAGAGCUAGUGAGUCUGUGCAAGUGUCUGUGAAGUGGGAAGUACCCAGGAGGCAGAAGGAUGCGCUGGCUGCAAAAGGGAAAUACCACAAUUCUGUGGCUUUUCCUGUCCGCCCUCGUUCAGAUCACCGUAGAGGCUCUCGAGACAAGCGGAGAUCACAUUCCAGAGGAUUUGGAUGGUCAAAAGCGUGCCCAUACACCCACCCCACCCACAAAAUUCACUCCGCCGGAUGUGGCAGCGGGUGGUGUGCCCAUGGCUGGUGGACAGAUGCCCUCUGGAUCACCCCCGCCACACUUUGGGCCCGCACCACCCAAUCCAGCUGGUGGAGAAUCUCGCAGCUCAUACGCUAUGCUGAGCCAGGCAAUGUCAAAGGCUGUUAGCCAUGAGUUCAGCAGUAUUUCUGGAAGUGGAUCCCCUGAUGGAUCAUGUCAUGCUGAUGAUCUUGACUGUUUUGGUACUGUUCACGAUCGCCUGGAAAUGGAGGCUAUAAGAUCGCUGCAUCAACAAUUGGACGAUGAUGACAAUGGGAAUAUUGACAUUGCCGAAUCUGAUGAUUUUCUACGGGAAGAAUUAAAGUAUGAUUCAGGAUAUGAGAAGCGUCAUAGAGCUUUUCACUACAACGAUGAUAUGCACAUCUCUGUGAAGGAGCUGUGGGAAGCCUGGCUGAGAUCCGAAGUGCACAAUUGGACGGUAGAACAAACAACCGAAUGGCUAGCACAAAGUGUUCAAUUGCCACAAUAUGUGGAAUUGUUUAAGCAGCACAAAGUUGCUGGAGCUACACUACCACGACUGGCAGUGAAUAAUAUGCACUACGUGGGCAAUGUUCUGGGUAUCAAAGAUCCAAUUCACAAACAGAAAAUUGCCUUAAAGGCAAUGGAUGUUGUAUUAUUUGGUCCACCACGAGAGACUGGAACACGGUGGAAAGACUAUAUACUUGUGACACUACUGUUGAGUGUUAUUUUUGGAUGUUGGUACGGAUAUCAGCAGAAUAAAAAUUCAAAGACUCACCUGCGCCGUAUGGCUAAAGACAUGGAGGGACUGCAGAAGGCAGAACAGGCUCUCCUUGAGAUGCAAAAGGAACUGGAACGUGCUCGAAUGGAGCAGGAGAAUGUAGCGACUGAAAAGAUGGAUCUUGAGCGUCGUCUCAAGGAAACUCCGUCUCUUACAUCAUCGAGCUCGGAUCUCGAAGUGCAGGCACUGAAGCAGGAGAUUGAGAUGCUGAGAACGGAGUUGUCUAGGGCUGAAAUUGAACUUGUUGAUCACUGUUGGUCACCACCACAGGGUCUUCAGACAUGGCUUCAGCUAACCUAUGAGCUGGAGAAUAAGAAUCAUCUGGUCAAGCGUCGUUCGGCUGAGAAGCAACUUCAGGCUGCCAGGGAAGCCUGUGAGAAGCUCAAGAGGAAGCGUACAAGUUUAGUGGGGGCUUUUGUAUCUACACACGGGAAGAGUAUCGAUGAUGUUGAUAGGAGUAUCGUUGAGGCAAGGAAUGCCCUAGGGGAGGUGACUAAUGAACUGCAGGAGCGGAUGCAUAGGUGGAAGCAGAUUGAACAACUUUUAGGUUUCAGCAUUGUCAAUAACAAUGGCCUACCGUACCUCGAGAGUAUCCUCUAUGCCCGCAAUGGAGGAAUCACCGCCAAAACUGGAAGAGGACGUAUCUCAAACAGUCAAGAUGAUUUGGAUGAUGACUCCACUCAAGGUAAGGUCAUCCCAUUUGACAACUUUUCCGUUUUCUCCUCAGAAUAGAGAAUCAAAUUGUGACAUUUUUACUAUUAUACAUCUUCUAUUUAAAAAACAAAAGAAAUACAUCACUCUAUUGUCGACAUUUCUUAAACUUUUUAUCCCAAUAGAUAAUGUAAAAGAAUAUUAUUGCAAUCACUUAAACACUAAGUUAAUAUUGUUUUUUUUUACAAUUGAAAAUUCUUAAUAAUUAUCUUAAAAUGAAUGCAUUAACAUUUUUUUAGUCAGUAAUUAAAGCUAAUAAAAAGCAAUUUUAAUCUUAAUUAAUUGGUUGGAGAAAAUAACAAUAUUCAAUUUGGCUACAAAUUCUAACUCGUUGAUAUAUUUUAUUUUAGAACAUAUACUGUAUAAAAAGAAAAGAUGUGGAUUAAGUAGUUGAUUAGUCAUAAUGAUGAAGACGACCGUUCCAUUCAAUAGUAUUCUCUAAAUAAUUGAGCUUUAUAUUGAACUGUGAAAUAAGUUUGGUGAUCAACUGAACUUUAAAAUCAAUAUUAAGGAUAUUCAGCUUAUGAAUUUCAUAAUUUCACAUUUCUACAAAAGAGGUUGGGUUGCAAAAGUGAGGUUAAGAUGAAAAUUAUAUAACCUAUAAAAGCCAAUUUAAAAAAAGAAAACAGGACUCCUUUCUUGACCCAGGAAGAAAUUAGAUGGAAAUUAUUUCAAUAGUUGGAAAAUAAAGAAACUAUUUUGUGGAAUAUUAGUGAAAUUGACAAAUUUUGACAGGAAGUAUUUCAAUUUCAUGGAUUUGAAACUUGUCAAAUGCGAUAUUUUACAGAAUUCGUGACUGUUUGAAAUUGCCAAAAGACUUUAUAUGGAAUUGAGAAUAAAAUUAUUUGAUACUGAUGUUUCUACUUAACUAAAAUGCACAUUAAGAUGCUUUAAAUUCGAACAUUAAAAUAAAAAUACUAAAAGGGCAAACAAUCUCAUAGCGCUAAAAUAUACUUUCUUCCCUCUUACGAUUAAAAAUGCUUCCCACGGAGGAAUUUCUUAACUCUUUCGCCACUGUUGAGACUCAGGGUAUCCAAGAAGAAAACAAUUUUUUGAGCUAUUUUGAAUUAUUUAAAAAGAGUUCUUAAACUAGAACUACCCAGCGAGCACCAAAUGCUAACUGAUUUCAAGUCAGAUGAAAAUAUUUAUAUUUUAAGUGCCAUUUCCAUAUAUUAGAUGAGUUCAUAUAUUCUGUCAGUAGAAGAGGUAAAAAGUUUGGAGUGGUAUAUCUCAGCUCCUGAUGAACAUAAUUGGAUGAGUGAACUAUUGUUGGAAAGCUUGGUUCAUUAGCUUUCAGAAUCUGGUAUAUGUAAUUGGCUAUGGGUAAAUCAUGGUCAUCCAGAACCAUUUAUGUCGAAGAAGACACUUUUUGCAGCGACAUUUUUGACCAUCUACUGCUGGGACCAGGAGUGACCCACUUUUCUCGCACUUGGACUGUUCGUUAGAGGAACUCAAAUGGUAUAAUUUGUGGAAGAAACUUUUUUCUUGGACAUCUUACUUUUUUUUAUUCAUCCACUUUUGCAAGAAUUCCUAGCUGCAUUUUUGCUUUUCUUUAGCAACACACGGAUACCUCAAGGAUAAAAUAAGACUCCAAAAUUGACAAAGUGCUGCUCAGGCAUGUCAUGAGAAAUCAACGAAAAAAAUUGGUUAUCGGAAGGAGCUAGGUUUACAGCGGAGGUAGUAGCACAUUUUAUUUUAGCUUAUGAUGUUACGCUGUACCAUAAAAGUGGAAUGCCACGGAGCGUUGUCGUAUUGCAAUAUCAGUCGCUUAUGUUCUUUGAUCGAUUUUGAUCGGAUUUCGACCAACACAUGAUCGAAAUUGAUGAACAGUAAUGCAAAUUGACAGUAUCGCUUAGUUUCAGCAACUCGUAUUGGAUGAUUCCCUGUCGGUCCCACCAAACGCUCAGCAUUGGCUUCUUUCAAGGAUAUUUGGUCAUGCUUUCGAUUUUAAAGCUUUGAUAAGAGGAAGCUACGUUAUUUUAGAUUUGAAUUACUCGAGUAAAACGUGUUUUGCAUCGCUUGCACCAAUUCGAUGCUGAAAACUUCAUCUUAUUUAUACCGUAAUUGUAAAACUUCGGAAGUCGAUUUUUGAUUUUUGUUUUGUUUUUUAGUCAAACCGCGAAACUCCCAUUUUCUUCCCUAUAGUUUUUUCCCAUGGUACGUAAACACUAGAAAACACUUUAUUUCGCCAAAGUUUCGAUCCUUGGGGUCUUCUUCAGGGCCUAAGAAAGAAUAGGAAUAAGAAGAAUAGGUCCUGAAAAAGAUUCCAUCCAGGAUCGAAACGUUGGCAAAAUAAAGUCAAAUUGAAGAACAAAAAAUAGACUGAAUUUCCCACUUUGACUUCAGCUAAUAUACAUAUACGGUCUAAUUUUAUGAUUUUCAUCGAGUAGGGGAAAAUGCCCAUGCUUCGUACGAUACCAUGAUACGUAAUGACUAAUUUUUUCUAUAUUUCUAUACAUCUCAAUUAAUGUGACUCCGCAACAUAUUUUAAAAACUGGGAACUGUCCUCUAGUUUUUUUUUUAAAUCUGUGUCCGAUGAAUCACAUUGAGAAACAUAGGAAAAAAAAUUAGUCAUUACAAAGCUUGAGAUCGUACAAAGCAUAAGUACUUUUCAAAUGUGGCCCACUUCCCCUGUAGUCCUAUAGUGUAUCGGCAAUAAAGGUUAGGUUAGAUCGUCACCCCAAAGACAAUGAUUUUUUGAAAAUUAUUUAUUGUUUGUUACUAGAGUUGGUAAAUUUCAAGAAAUUUCAUGAAUUUCCGCCUAAAGUAGGUGGCGACUGCUGUGAAAUUUCUGAAAUUUCACCAUCUCUAUUUGUUACUAUUUAUUUUUUGCAAAAUGCCUUGCAUUAGUUAUACUAAUGGAGAACAUGCUGUAAAAGAUAACUUGUUAAAAGCGACUAAUAAUUUUCAAAAAAUCAUUUUAUAUUUGGGUGACGAUCCAACAUGUACGGUCUAUACAUGCUUAACUUACCUUAAAUAAAACCUGUUAUUUAUUGGUGAUCAAAAAAAUGAGUAAAAUAUUUUACGAUUUAUAAAAAAAUACAUAAUCAUUCUGGAAAACAAAUUCUUUAUCUCUAGAAAGUUGCCGAAAUUAGUAAUACAAAGGCCACGGAAAAAUUUCCAAGGAAAAAUAUCAAUAUUCCACAAUUCUUUUAGUCAAUUUGAAGAAUUUACUACUGUCAAAAGCUGUCAAUUUUUCAUGAUUUUCGUUUCAUGAUUAUAUUUCGUAAGGAAGCUUCAUUACUUUUUUCUUCUGGAGUUUCAAAACGAAAAAAAUAUUUUUCAUUAUUUAAUUAUUUAUUUAAGGGUCUUUUUGUUUUUUGUUUUUUUUUUUUUUGUUUUCUAUGAACAUAACCUCAAUUUUCAACAUAACCUCUUACUUUAUUUAGAAAAUACCUUCACUGCUAACUUUGCAAUUUUGAGAUAGGACAUUAUUGAGUGGAAUGGUCGAUAAAAAAUGUUUGACUUAUAUUAAAAAAAAAGGAAAAUUGAAAAACCCCAUACAGGUGAUAGUAACUAAGAGAAAAUAUUUGUAAAUAGCUUUGCUUUCCUUAAACUUUUUAUUUCCAUUUUUUUUUCUUUGAGAGAGAAAUAUUUUUCUUAUUUUUAUAUCUAACACUUUGGAAGAUUUUACACACAUGAAGGUUUAAAGAAAAAAUCACAGCAAUAUUAUCACGGAAUGUGUUACUUAUUAAAAACCAUCAGAAUCAAAUCAUCAUUAAAUCAUUUUUUUUUAAAUAGUAGACAAAUAAAUUAAUAACAUAAUUACUAUACUUAAAAAAAACCAAAAAUGAACAAUAAAUCUCAAUAUUAGAUACCCUGUACUUAGAUUAAAUCACAUCUUUCACAAAUUUUGUGCAGAAGAAAAGAAUGUUAUAGUGAAAUGCAAUCCGUCUAAGUUAUUUUUUUAUUCUCGAUAAAUUUAUUAAGAGACACACUAACACCCACUAAUAUUUAUUUUGAUAACUUUUUAUUGUUGACUUCUUUUUUUUUUUGAAUUCACUACCUUCCUCCCAGUGUUACUGAAUGAAGAAUGACUUUACAUUUUUUUGCGCUUUAAUUGCACAAUAUUUUCUACUAUUUUUUCACAAAUCUCUCUGUCUUCCUAAUAAAACUUCCUUAUUAAGAUAGAAUUGUUUUUCUUAAACAAGUUAUAUUGUCACAUUGAGAGAUUCUCAAUUUAGAGGAAUUAUCUUGAUUUUUUUGCUGUUAAAAAUGAAGAAAUUAUUGUUGCUACAAAAGUGACGAAGCAAUUACAAAGGAAAACAAUCAGAAGAAAAAAUCAAGUAGAAAAUAAUUAUGAAAAAGACUUGUGUAUUAUUUAUUGUUGACUUUUCAUUUGACUAUUUUCAUCAAAUAAUAAUUUGUUAUUAUGAA